AUGAUCCGACUCACUGCUAGUAACUUUGGCCAUGUAUGCAAAAUGCGUCGUAAUACUAGCUGCAAAAACAUAGUAUAUUCUAUGUUAUAUUUAACAUUCAAUAGCAAGUCUGUCCAGUACGGAAGGGAUAUGGAAGAUGAAGCAAUAAAAAAAUUUGAAGAUAAGUUCGGUUACAAAGUAAAAAAAUGCGGUCUUUUAAUCGAUAUGCAAAUUCCAUAUUUAGCUGCUAGUCCAGAUGGAAUUAUUGGUGAUACUGCUAUCAUUGAAGUAAAAUGCCCAUAUGCAGCAAAAGACACAGAAAAUGAGUUUGAGGCUGUAUCCACUGGCAAAGUUUGUUUUCUACUGAAAAAAUACCAAUUCUUAUUUAUUUUUUAA